AUGGAGCCCUCGCACAAAGACCCCGAGACGGCGGCUGCGGCGGCGGCGGUGGCCGCGGCGGACCCCCGGGGGGCGCCCUCGUCCAGCGGGGUGGUGGUGCAGGUCCGCGAAAAGAAGGGCCCCCUGAGAGCAGCCAUCCCUUACAUGCCCUUUCCCGUGGCCGUCAUCUGCCUCUUCCUCAACACUUUCGUGCCGGGACUGGGGACAUUCGUCUCGGCUUUCACCGUGCUGUGCGGAGCCCGCACCGACCUCCCAGACAGGCAUGUGUGUUGCGUCUUCUGGCUGAACAUCGCCGCAGCCCUUAUCCAGAUCCUCACAGCCAUCGUCAUGGUGGGCUGGAUCAUGAGCAUCUUCUGGGGCAUGGACAUGGUCAUCCUUGCCAUUUCCCAAGGCUACAAGGAUCAAGGCAUCCCACAGCAGCUGUGA